AUGAACUAUUCAACAGUUAAUAUCCUUGGUCUAUGCGAUGAGAUAUUGCUUACCAUUUUCAACAAACUCAACAAGAUCGAUGUAUUAUAUUCUUUCAUAGGAGUCAAUCAAAAACUCGAUAAAUUGGCUCAGGAUAGUACAUUUACACGAUCUGUUGAUUUAGUAACAAUAUCAUCGAAUGAAGAUAAUGAGUCAAGAACUAAUUCAAUACUUGAUCGAUUUUGUUUUGAUAUAAUACCUCGAAUUCAAUACAAUAUUGAAUGUCUUACUGUUGGUCCAUUGUCAACAGAUCGAAUUCUUCGCAUUGGAAAUUAUCCUAAACUCAAUAAACUUAUUCUUGUUAAUCUUUCACUUAAAAUGGCAUCUCGUAUUUUAAAUAAUGGAUCAUCAUUUAUUCAUAUCUAUAGGCAUCAGAUUUCACAUCUUGUUGUAACGAUUAAUGAUGAUACUACAGCUAUACGAAUAAAAAAUGUAGCCACAAAUAUUUUUGCUAACAUUCUUGCUAUGUUUACAAAUUUGAUUCAUCUUGAUUUUAACUUUGACGACAAUUUUGUGUAUCCACCAACAUCAUUUAUUAAAUUACUAUCGACAACAUGUCAUUCAUCAAGUAUUGUUCAUUUGAAUGUUAGGGUGCGCAAUUUUGAUGAUUGUCUUUGUUUACUUGAUGGACGUCUUAGUCAAUUACAUACAUUUAUUGUCAAAAUUGAUAACAUUGAUGAUUUAUCAAUGAGUAUUCGUAAGAAGGUAAGGAAUUUCGAAUCAUAA